UUCAUUUCAUCUCUCCACCAACAUACCCAUCAUCAUUUUUCCUCCCACAAAAACUCAGCUACUACUACUACUACUACUACUACUACCACUACUACAUCACCCAUCAUUACUUAAUCAUGGAAUCCAUCUCCUUGUGUUUGUUCCCUUUUGCAGCCUUAAUCCUCUCUUUCUUGCUCCUCCUCAAAUUCACUCCCAACUUCCUGUCCUUUGGACAUGUCAGGUUGCCACUCCCACCAGGCACCAUGGGCUGGCCUUAUAUUGGUGAAACCUUCCAACUCUACUCCCAAAACCCAAACACUUUCUUUGCCUCCAAAGUCAAGAAGUAUGGUUCCAUAUUCAAGACUCACAUAUUGGGAUGUCCCUGUGUGAUGAUUUCAAGCCCUGAGGCGGCCAAACUCGUGCUCGUUUCCAAAGCAAACCUCUUCAAGCCCACAUUCCCAGCUAGCAAAGAGAGGAUGUUGGGCAAACAAGCCAUAUUCUUCCACCAAGGGGAUUACCACGCCAAGCUCAGAAAGCUCGUCCUUCGCGCCUUCAUGCCUGAGGCCAUCAAGAACAUCGUAUCCGACAUCGAGUCCAUUGCCAUCAACUCCCUGGAAUCAUGGGAAGGCAAACUGAUCACCACUUUCCAAGAAAUGAAAACAUAUGCAUUCAACGUGGCAUUACUUUCCAUACUUGGCAAGGACGAAGUUCUGUACAGAGAAGACCUCAAGAGGUGCUAUUACAUUCUUGAAAAGGGAUACAAUUCGAUGCCCAUCAACCUUCCCGGAACACUUUUCCACAAAGCCAUGAAGGCCAGGAAGGAGUUGGCACAAAUCUUGGCUAAGAUUCUGUCACUCAGAAGACAAACAAAGCAAGAUCACAAUGAUCUGCUGGGAUCAUUUAUGGGAGAUUCAGAGGGGCUAACCGACGAACAGAUUGCAGACAACAUCAUCGGUGUAAUCUUCGCAGCCCGCGACACCACAGCUAGUGUCCUAACUUGGAUUCUCAAGUACCUUGCUGAAAAUCCAAGUGUUCUGCAAGCAGUCACUGAAGAGCAAGAGGCAAUCAAGAAGGCUAAAGAAGAGUGUGGAGGUGAGGAGAAAGCUCUGAACUGGGCUGAUACCAAGAAGAUGCCUAUUACCACAAGAGUUAUCCUGGAAACGCUCAGAGUUGCCUCUAUCUUAUCUUUUACCUUCAGAGAAGCUGUUGAGGAUGUUGAGUUCAAUGGAUACCUCAUUCCUAAAGGAUGGAAAGUAUUACCACUCUUCAGAAACAUUCACCACAGCCCAGACAACUUCCCAGAGCCUGAGAAAUUUGAUCCUUCAAGAUUUGAGGUUGCACCCAAGCCCAAUACUUUCAUGCCAUUUGGCAAUGGGACCCACGCAUGUCCAGGGAAUGAGUUGGCCAAGCUGGAGAUUUUGGUUCUCUUACACCAUCUAACCACAAAGUACAGGUGGUCUGUGAUGGCCCCACAAAAUGGAAUCCAGUAUGGGCCCUUUCCUCUUCCCCAGAAUGGUCUGCCCAUCAAGCUCUCUCUCAAGAAAUAAAAACUCCAAUACCAUGUGCUCAGAGACAAAGCCAAGUUACUAAUUAUAGAAAGCAAAAUUUGCUGAGAAAAGUGUUUUUCCACAAUGUAUGGAUCAAGAUCAAGAAUGAUGGAGAAAUGAGUUGCAAAGCAACACAGAAAAACCAGAAGAAGAUUUCUGGUGUAGAACUGCAAGGGAAAUACAAUUGUACAUAUAGAGUUUCCAUAUAUAGCAUAUAUGUUUGAAGAAGAAGAAGCCGAGGAAAGAAUUUAGCCAGUAUUCACUUUUUCAACUAGGACGAUGAGAAACUCAAGAGUAAGACUACAUGUAAUGGUAGUAUGUAGUUAGGUAAAUUCUUUUUAUUUAUUUUUUUUUUCUUCACCUUGUUAUUUCCUACGACAUGUAAAAAAAGUCCGCAAGGCAAUUAAUGGAAAUAUCAGUCUCAGUUUUGUUCA